AUGACCGACCUCUUGAAGAAGGAUUCCGUAUGGCGAUGGAGCAGUGAACAGCAAAAUGCUUUCGACGAACUCAAGGAGAGAUUUACGUCUGCCCCAAUACUACGACACUAUGACGAACACCGCGAAGCGAUCAUAGAAACUGACGCAAGUGACUGGGCUGAGGCCGCAGUACUCUCUCAGGUGUUCGAGGACGGUAUUCUACACCCGGUAGCUUACCACUCUCGCAAGUUCAACGAAGCAGAGGUAAACUACGAGAUCUAUGACAAGGAGAUGCUCGCUAUAGUUUCUGCUCUCUUGACUUGGAGACAUUGGCUGGAAGGAACAGACAUUCCUAUCCAGAUACAUUCGGAUCAUCAGAACCUACAGUACUUCACAACGACCAAGAAGUUGUCGAGAAGACAAGCCAGGUGGGCCGAAAAGAUAGCACCUUUUCGCUUCAGGAUUCAUUACCGACCAGGCGAAAAGAAUGGCAAGCCAGAUGCACUUACAAGGCGCCCAAAGUUCGCUAUGGAAGGGGGAGUAAUGCGCGAACAACCCGUAAAACAGUUGCUCAGCGCAGAACAAUUUGUCAGGAAAUCACAGACCAAUGUAGAAACUGGCCCUGAAAUCAUUGGCAACUCCAAAGAAGAAUGGACUCCGUUGGAUCAGUGGUACGACAUACCAGGUACUGAGCUGCCUCAGCCACUACAAGACUGGUAUGAACAGGAUAGACAAUGGGUUCGGAGAGUGUUCCGGGAUGAACCUCUCCCUGAUGCAAACCUUGAAGUCUUCGGGACAGAGGAAGCUGAUGCCGUAAUAACGGAGCUUGCCACUGAAUGGACCCCGGGAUCGAAUGAGGCCACCCACGAUGGUCGUUGGGUAGUGCCAGGAUACGCGGUCAGACAAGUCAUUGAGGAUCAUCAUGACAGACCCGUAGCGGGGCAUCUAGGAAGGGAUAAAACCCUUGAGUUGAUCGAUAGGAACUACUGGUGGCCAGGAAUGUCCACAGAUGUAGCCAACUUCGUCAAGACUUGCGACGUGUGCCAGAGAGCCAAGCAACGUCGGAGACACUUGUCACUCCCUCAACCCCUAGAGUUAGCCACCACACCUUGGACUGAUAUCUCAAUGGAUUUCGUAGUAGAAAUGCCAAAGGAGAAAUCAGGAUUCCGUAACGUAUUGGUGGUCGUGGACCGUUUUACGAAAAUGGCUCACUUCAUUCCAAUGACGGGAAUCAACGCGGAACAGACCGCUAACGCCUUUGUCAAGGACAUUUGGCGCUUUCACGGACUUCCUAGGAGCAUUGUCUCUGACAGGGGAACACAGUUCGUAUCGGCAUUCUGGGCUGCGGUCACAGAACGACUAGGGAUUCGUAGAAGACUCUCGACCUCGUUCCACCCACAGACGGAUGGACAAACAGAAAAGACCAACCAGCACCUCGAGUCCUACAUCCGGGCCUAUACCGCCGGAACAGGAAAGAAAUGGAAGGACCUACUACCGAUUUGCGAGUAUGCAUAUAAUAAUGCGAAACACUCGUCGACAGGACAAUCGCCGUUCUACUGUAACUAUGGUUUCCACCCACGAACAGAUUGGCCAACGGAUGCGAAAAUCGGACAGCUGGACGCCAAAGGAAGUACCUACCUGGAAGACCUUCUCCUAGCUCAUGAGUCAGCGAGAGACACGCUGCAGAAGACCUUUGACAGGAUGGCAUCAAGGCCAGGACCAGCAGUUCAGCGGUUCACAAUCGGUCAAAAGGUUUUGCUGGAUACUCGGAACCUCGGCGGUUACAAUAAAUGGUCGGAUAAGUUUACAGGCCCCUUCGAGGUUACCGCGACUGUAGGAAAUAGGGCUUAUAGAUUGAAUCUUCCGGUAGAAUGGAAGGUUCAUGACGUAUUCCACGAGAUGUUGCUGAGACCUUAUCGAGAGGAUCCCAACCCUGGCAGGCAACAGAACACACGAAAACGACUCGCAACACCCGAACCCCAAGAGGCACUCUUAGAUGAGAACUUCAAACCGGUCACCAACACUCGGCCCCAUACGCGGAGUCAAGGGUCAGUCAUCGACUCGAGUCGGCCUCCGAAACGACAACGGACUAGGGAAGACUAG